GUGAUUCUGUUCAAGAACGUCUGCUAGUUGAUUAAAGGCGCACUUUCUAGCUUUUAAUCUGCAUUUGUCUUUACUGAAACGUUAGCUGACCUCAAACCAUACUUUUAAGGCCCCUUAACCUUUUGUUUUGACAUACCGCCAUAAUUUAGACCAUGGUUUUACGCAGUAGUUGGUUCGCCCUCCGCCUAUGGUUAGUCACAUCGUGUAAUGAAGUCUGACUAAAGCGGUUAUUGUAGUGAAUGCAUUUAUCUGGAUGGAUGUUUAGAGUUUAGAGCGCUGGGUUCACAGGACAGUACUAGCUAUAGGUUGAUUCAGUCGAACCUGCGGACUCUCAGGUGAUUGGCUGGAGGUGGAUGACAUCAUUGAAAGUCCGCUGCCUCAGCCGCGCGCUAAACUCCUGGAAAGAGAUCAGAGCCGCUCGCGCAGAUGGGAGCCACAUCUGGCGGACUGUAAACCGACUCGACCUAGAGAAAACCAUUCGCUCGAGGUGUGUUUAAGUGAACAGCCAGUCGCGAUGGUCAGAGACUUAAUGAGCUUCUCACCGCUGGCGAGAGCCGCGCACAUCAAGAGCGCAUGAUGUGAAAAACAAAGUGCUCCCGCGCAACAUGAGGACAGCCCUUCUAAUAAUCUUAAGGAAAAACUUGACGGAGUGAAGGAGGAAGGGUGGAUUCUUUUUCUUUUUUUCUUCUGGAUGGCUGAGCAUUUUUAAAAUCAUGCAACAUGAAUGUAACUAACAGCACUGGAGCAGAGGGACUCGCGCCCUGGAACUUCAACGGCUCAUUGAGCAACGUAUCCAAUGACGCCAACUUCAGUUGCGACAGCGGCAGCACCAAUGGCUCAUGUGCAGCGUCUGAGGUGGAUGGCGACAGCCCGUACAAAACGGUGGAGAUGGUCUUCAUCGCACUGGUUACAGGAUCCCUCAGUUUUGUCACCGUCGUGGGCAACAUCCUCGUCAUGCUCUCGAUCAAGGUCAAUCGACACCUACAGACGGUCAACAACUACUUCCUUUUCAGCCUGGCCUGUGCAGAUCUGAUCAUCGGUGUGUUCUCCAUGAACCUUUACACCGUCUACAUCAUCAAGGGCUACUGGCCGCUCGGCCCUGUUGUGUGUGACCUGUGGCUCGCGCUGGAUUACGUGGUCAGCAACGCUUCCGUCAUGAACCUGUUAAUCAUCAGCUUCGACCGAUACUUCUGUGUGACCAAACCUCUGAGUUAUCCCACACGCAGAACCACCAAGAUGGCCGGCCUCAUGAUUGCCUCCGCCUGGAUCCUCUCUUUCAUCCUGUGGGCUCCCGCUAUCCUGUUCUGGCAGUUCAUCGUCGGAGCACGGACCGUAGCACCUGGUGAAUGUUACAUCCAGUUCCUCUCCAACCCCGCGGUCACGUUCGGCACGGCCAUCGCUGCGUUCUACCUACCGGUGGUCAUCAUGACGGUGCUUUACGUGCACAUCUCUCUGGCCAGCCGCAGCCGUGUGUCCAAACAAAAGCCUGAGGUUAAAAAGGAGAAGAAAGGGCAGAAGUCCAGUGGGCUGCUCAAGAGUCACAUCUUAAAGCAGAACAACAACAACCAGUCUCCUCCUAAGCCCAGCCUGGAUACCUGUUCUACGGUGGACACUAUGAAGAACGGCAAACUAGAUGAGUCUGUGGUGUCCGCUAAAGCUGACUCCGUGCAACCGGAGGAGAAGGAAAGCUCGAACGACUCCAGCACGGCCAGCAUAGCACCUAAAGAGCCUAAAGAACGAGCGAACAGCGAGGCGACUUCAGAAGCCGGCCUGACACCGGCACCGACAGCCGCACCUAAAGUCAACCCUCAAUCCAAAUGGUCCAAGAUCAAGAUAGUCACCAAACAAGCAGGAGACGAGUGCAUCACAGCCAUUGAGAUCGUCCCACCAAACAGUACCGGCGAGAGGCGUUCCAUCCCCGUGAACCGUCCCCGCACGGUGGCGCGCAAGUUUGCCAGCAUCGCCCGCAGCCAGGUGAAGCGGAAAAGGCAGAUGGCGGCACGAGAGAAGAAAGUGACAAAAACAAUCUUCGCCAUCCUGCUGGCCUUCAUUAUCACAUGGACGCCGUACAACGUGAUGGUUUUAAUCAGCACGUUCUGCCAGUCCUGCGUUCCAGACACAGUCUGGGCCAUUGGAUACUGGCUCUGCUACGUCAACAGCACCAUCAACCCCGCUUGCUAUGCACUCUGUAACGCCACCUUCAAAAAGACCUUCAAAAACCUGCUCAUGUGCCAGUAUAAGAACAUCGGCACCAGAUGAGCUAAGUGAAGAAGCAGCCAGCAGAGAUGAAGGAUAUGAAAUGGAGGGUGCAAAGGCUCUUCUGGCCCUGAUACCUUUGAAACUUUGGAAGGCACUGUGCAGUACAUUGUGAGGCUUCAUAGUCACAUAAUGCUGAAAUAGUGUGUCAUAACCCAAAGUUUAUGUGUUAAGGAAUCAGUGUUUACAAGAAGAUGAUGGAGCGAUGGACAAGAAACUGAAUCACUGAAGAAAUCAAGCUGAGGUCAUGAGUAAUCUGAUCAUUGCUGCACUGCUAAGACCACUGGAAUUUUGCACUACAGUAAUGUGAAGAUCAAGCCUUUGAUGGCUCAUUAUUCCCAAAAGUGAAGAGAGAGAACCGCAGCAAACAUAAACCAGACUUGGUGAAUUCUAGGAUGUUAUUGAUUCAUUUAUAUUCCCAGAACAGCACAAAUUAUAUCAACCAAGUCCUUUUGGUUAGUAUUAACACUGUUUCUGACCCAGACUUCUGUGAGAGGAUGCAGAUUCGUCUGACAGCCAGAACUGAUAACAUAUGGAAAAGCUUCUUGUUGGACACGGUUCUCCCGAGUGAGAUUCAGUUUCCUAUACCUGCACCUUCCACUUUCCAAAUGACGAUAGUCAUAGACUGGAGCUGCUUGCUGACCACAACAGCUGUGUAGUCCAUUACAUUCAGCGCGACAAAUUCAGGGCAUGUGGUUUAGCCUGGAAGAAGUUAGUCAUCAUUAUCCUCUUAGCGUGAUCCUCUUGAGGUUCUGGAAUAGGUCAAAAUUCAAAAGGAUCUCCUCAAUGGAUUGGGAUAGGCAUUAUAGACUUGAAACGGGAUGAGACACUCUAUACUGAGCUGAGAAAUGUCACUGUAAGGGUUUGAUCUUACAGAGGUGUGUAAAUAUGUUUAGUUAUGAUGAAUAUAUGCUCUUGAAAGUAUUAUUUCUUCCCUGCAUUUAAUGUCUGGAUGUUUGUGUUCCUCUUGUAUUUAGUUGGUGAACUUCAUGUGAUUUUACAGAUUAAAUAUUAAAUGUAUUGUCGUCUGUAUGCAAAACUGUUGAAAGCAUUUAUAAUUUGUGAUAUACUUCGAAAAAAAGAAAAUUAAUAAUAGAAGACUAUUACAUUUAUUUAACCUGUUUAUAAGAUGUUCAAUUUCAAGCGUUUCAUUUAAAACGGGGCACAAAGGACUGUCCGUAAAUUUGAGAAAUGGAAAAUUGGUUUUAUUUCCCCCUGUAAAACACAAUGUUGAUUUAAUAGAUAUCCACUUCAUAACAUUGUUUUCUCAUGGUGCAAUAUAAUUUUGCUUAGUUUGUAUUUAAAUCCACAGUUUGUAACUGAUGAAACCGCAGCAUGUAAACUAGAAGGAAUGAUCUCCUGCAGUUUGUUUGAGAACAUGUGGUCAGAAUUAGCACAGAGGGAGAAGUGUGUUGAUGUUUUAGGGCUCAUGUUGUUAUAAUAUUAACAAGCUGCCAGUUUCAGCAAUUACAGACUUUAAAGCAUUAAACCAAAGAGGUCGUGCCGCACUGGUCUGUUAUUAGGCCUGGUCUGGAAGAGAGAUUAUUCAUUCAUUAGCAUCAUUUUAAGAUGCAGAGACUUGCCUCCAACGUCUUGGGUUUGGUUUCAUGUUUCUACCUCAUACACAUCAAAUUUCCAUUCAUAGUGUCUGUAUCCAGCUCUAAAUCUCUUUUUAAUGAGCGGUGAAGACUAAGAGUCUAUUAUGCCAUUGAGAAAGAAUUUAAAACCAGAUUUCCAUUUUUCUGAAUGUUUCAAACUUGCUUUGGUCUUCUUCUGAUUCAUGGACUAUGCUGAAGUAGGCUGUUCACUACAAAUCUUAGUCAUUCAAAGCUGUGCUUUUAUAAAAAGUGUUGCCAACUGUGAUGCAAAGUUUGAAGACUUCACAUUGGAAUAUCAUCUCUAAGAGAGUUAUGUAACUGUAACUCCUUUUGUAACUGUACUAAAGAAAUUCAAUCAUGCAAUCCGAUCGGUUACUAAAUAUUGUCCUUCUGCAAUUCUGAAAAUAACAAAGGUCAAACCUUAGCACCUAUUAGAUGACCAAUACAGGAAAAUGAGGCCCUCUUUCCUCUGGCCACUUGAAAUGUUUAUAAAAUGUAAAUUACAGUUGAAGUCAAAAGUUUUCAUACACCUUGCAGAAUCUGCAAAAUGUUAAUUAUUUUACCUAUUUAAGAGGAAUCAUGCAAAAUGCAUGUUGUUUUUUAUUUAGUACUGACUUGAAUAAGAUAUUUCACAUGAAAGACAUUUACAUAUAGUCCACAAGAGAAAAUAAUAGUUGAAUUUAUAAAAAUGACCCCAUUGAAAAUAUGCUUGAUUCUUAAUACUGUGUUGUUACCUGAAUGAUCCACACCUGUGUUUUUUGUUGAUGUUGUUAUUAAGUGAUAGUUGUUUGCUUGAUAGUUGUUCGUCCUGAACAGUUCAACUGCCCGCUUUUCUUCAGAAAAAUCCUUCAGGUCCCACAGAUUCUUUGGUUUUUCAGCAUUUUUGGGUUUUUGAACCCUUUACAACAAUGACUGUGAUUUGGAGAUCCAUCUUUUGACACUGAGGAUGACUGAAAGACUCAUAUGCAACUAUUACAGAACGUUUAAUCACUCACUGAUGCCUCAGAAGGAAAAAUAAUGCAUUAAGAGCCGGGGGGUGAAAACUUUUGAAAAGAAUAAAGAUGUGUCAAUUUUUCUUAUUUUGCCUACAUAUCAUAUUUUUUCACUUAGUACUGCCCUUCAGAAACUACAGAAGAUACUUAGAUGUUUCCAAGAAGACAAAAAAAAGUUCAAUUUACCCUGAUCUUCAAAUUCCAAAAGUUUUCACCCCCCAACUCUUAAUGCAUUGUGUUUCUAUCGCAAAAAAACAAAGAAUACAAAUCAGCUGUGGAUCAUUCAGGUAAAAACACAGUAUUAAGAAUUAAGUGUAUGUAAACUUUUGAACAGGCUCGUUUUUAUAGAUUCAGCUAGAAUUUUCUCUUGUGGACGAAAUGUAAACAUCUUUUAUGUGAAAUACCUUAUUCAGGUCAGUACUAAAUAAAAAAUAACAUGCAUUUUGUAUGAUCCCUCUUAUUUUGGGAUUUUGCUGAUUCUACAAUGUGUAUGUACACUUUUGAUGUCAACUGUACAUAGGAAUUAAUAAAGAAAUACCAGCUGAAGGGCAAAGUCAGUGAUUAUUACCCCAGUGAAGCUGAUGGAAUGAACACACUGUAAUUAUUGACUUAUCUACCACUGCCCUUAAAAAGCCAGUGUACAUACAGUAAGAGUGUAUGGUUCUUUUUCUAUUGCAUAAAGCUUAAUAAAGAUCUUAAGCACACUGAC